GGAAGUAGAUAUCAAAAACAAGGCGGCUGAAGGGGAGGUGUAGGGAUUUCCAUUCUUGAAGAGUUGCUUGGGCCAAAUAACAGGCCUGGAUUUUCAGGUGAAGAGUAACGUUUUCCGCAGGGAUUCAGUGAUAACAGCGCUCUUUCCUCCGUGAGGCGAUGAUCAUUCAUUAAUGGGAAUAAUCAGGAAUCUUGCAGCAGGCUUGAUCCUAAUUCGUCAGAGUUCAGUUAGAAACGGUCAUAAGAUCAUCAUGUCCAGACGACUUCAUGCACGCAGGACAGACGGGGUGGAUAAAAAUGUUUGGGUUGAGUUCACACAGCUCGCAGCAGAUUACAAAGCAGUGAACCUCGGUCAGGGAUUUCCCGACUUCUCCCCUCCACAGUUUGUCCAGGACGCCUUCUGUAAAGCCAUCACCGGAGGACCUCAAAUGCACCAGUACACUCGAGCUUUUGGUCACCCUCCUCUUGUAAAAAGCUUGGCUAAAUUCUUUAGUAGGAUCGUGGGACUGGACAUCGAUCCUCUUGAAGACAUCCUGGUGACAGUUGGAGCUUAUCAGGCCCUAUUCUGCGCAUUUCAGGCUCUGAUUGACGAAGGGGACGAGGUCAUUAUUAUUGAACCUUUCUUCGAUUGCUACCAACCCAUGGUGAUGAUGACCGGAGGAAAGGCAGUUUAUGUACCUCUGAGACCAAGAGAGGGCAGCACCGUCCUGUCCAGUGGAGACUGGGUUCUUUCUGCCGAGGAGCUGGCCAGUAAAAUUACUCCACGCACUAAAGCCAUUGUUAUCAACACUCCCAACAACCCACUAGGCAAGGUUUACAAGAUAGAAGAGCUCCAAAUGAUUGCUGAUCUGUGUAUUAAGCACAAUCUGCUGUGCUUCAGCGACGAGGUGUACGAGUGGCUUACGUAUGAUGGAGCCAAGCACAUAAAGAUAGCCAGCCUUCCUGGCAUGUGGGAAAGAACUGUAACUGUUGGCAGUGCUGGAAAGACGUUUAGUGCUACUGGCUGGAAGGUUGGCUGGGCCAUCGGCUCUGGAGAAAUCAUCAAAUACAUGAAAACCAUCCAUCAGAACUCUGUUUAUCACUGUGCAACAGCUGCUCAAGAGGCAGUCGCUCAUGGAUUUGAAAGGGAAUAUGAGCUGUUUGGGACUCCGGAGAGCUACUUCCAGCAGCUUCCCGCAAUGCUGCACCACAAAAGAAAGAAGCUGGCCUCGUGUCUGGAGAGUGUGGGCUUGCAGCCCAUCAUGCCAGAGGGGGGCUACUUUAUGAUCACAGACAUCUCCUCAGUCGAGGUGGACCUCAAUGACCCGAGCACAAAGGAUGAAUUAUAUGACUUCAGAUUUGUUAAAUGGCUUGUUAAAGAGAAGGGUUUAGCGACAAUCCCCGUCUCUGCGUUCUACAGUCCAGAGCACAGCAAGGAGUUUGACAAAUACAUCCGAUUCUGUUUUGUUAAGGAGGACUCCACGCUGGAUGCCGCAGAGGACAUCUUGAGAAAGUGGAGUCAAAAAGAGUAAAACUGCUGCUUUAUCUACCUAAAUAAUAAAUAAAUAAAUAUUCAGUGUUUUUUUUUUUUGAGUGGUUGUUCCUACAGUUGGGUAUUAAAGACGCACAAACGGAGCAUCCACUUACAAACACUGAGGAACUAUUUCUCAGUGUUUAAUUAAUUAAACACUGUACCUCUGCUGUACACUAAUUUACCUGCAGGGAUAUUUGCCCUUGUUGAAAGUGAGCAAGUCAUUAAAUAAAAGUGUAUAAUUAAGUGAUAAAAUAACUAGUCUGUGCCUCAGUAACCUCAUUAAAACAGUUUGGCUACUGCCUGAUAAAGACAUUUGCUUUCUUGUCAAUUUCUAUUUUUUUCCAUUUAAUAUACUGAUUUUCCUCUCGGAUCCAAAUGAUAAGGAAAUUUGUUUUAGUCAUUUCUAGAUAGAUGUGUGAGUAUCAGUGGAGCGACCUUAUAUAUUUGUGACAAAUAAUCAGUCUAAUGAUGACCAGAGUCUGUAGGAAUGCAUUAUAAAGGUGUAGUAAUACUACUUGUUCUCAUGUCUCAUUUAAUACAUGUGUUGUUGGUUGACCUGAACUGCGAACAUGAGCCAUCCAUUCAUUUUGUAACACCAAAGUUUCAAGUUUUGUAGUAUUUGUGUGAAAAUGAAAGCGAUUAAUACUGUAAUACAAAGAAAAUGCACGAAUAUUUAAGGAUGCAUACGAUGAAAUAAAUUAACCAAUAGAACGUCUCCGUUUUUCCGUUAAGAGCUGGGGCAUUUGAGUCUUGCACUAAAAAUGGAAAUUGUGAGGCUGUAAUUAUUUCUGUUGAUUGUAUGCAGUUACUUUCCUUUUAAGGUAUGUUAUUAAUUUUACAUGUGGGAACUUCGAUAUG